GAGGUCAAAGGUAUAUGGUGUGGGUUUAUUGACUAUGACGGGGAGCUUGGAUGGUUUUUGGGGAGCGUCUUCGGACAUUUUGAAUGUGAGGUUGUUGAAUUAAUUGAAUGGGUGAAAGAUUGGAUUUGAUUUUGAUGGACGAGAAAUUGAGAUUUAGAUAGAGGAAAUAAAUUUUGGAAUGCUGCUUUUGCGGGACAACCCUGCGCGGCCGCAAUUUAGCGCGGGAUGGAAUGAUCCUAGUCGAGAAAGAUUUCUGGAGCGAGAGGGACGACACGUCGAGUGGGAUUGGGAUUUCAAAACUCACUGAACCUACCGCAGAUAUGGCAUCCUCGGGAUGUUGGAAAUGUCUCUCCAGACCGAAUACUUCGCAAUUGAUCCAAGCUAAUCAUGCUACUUUGCGACUUCCAGUUACGGUUGCAGCCACCGCGGGAUUUUCAACAAGUGCUGUGGUGUAUAAGAAUCCGCUGGGACUUAAACCAAAGGGACCAGGGGCUUUUGGGCAAAGCCAGGCGAGGGGAGGGAAGACAUUGAAGAUUAAGAAGAAGCCGCCGCCUGUUAGGACGGGAAAACCUCCCGCGCAGGGAGAGAGAAAGGCAUUGAGGAAGAGGAUCGUGCUCAGUAAUACGAAUGCGUUGGAGGUAGAGCUGGAGGAUUUGGGCCUGGAAAACGUUGGAAGUGAGAAAUUGGUGACAAAGGUUGUGGGAUUAAGUGGAAGUACGGUGGAUAGUUUGCGGGCGAGUGAAGCAUUUAAGGUUACACAGGGUUGGAAUUUAUUUAGGAGGCCUGCGUUGUUGGUUAGACAGGAGAGUUUGAUAUGUGUGAAGCUUUUGGAGGAGGCGCAGGCGGAAAAGAAGACAGAAAGGUUGGUGGUUGACGGGGGUAGGGUAUCGGGGAAGAGUCUGAUGCUUUUACAUGCUAUGGCUUCAGCUUUUAUCAAGGGCUGGAUUGUCUUGCAUAUCGCUGACAGUAUGUCAUUUUUUGUUUACUACAGAUUGAAGUAUGCUAAUAACAUUUACAGCCCAAGAACUUGUCAACGCUUGCACCGAAUAUGCUCCCAUACCAGAUACAACACCAACUCUCUUCUCUCAAAACACAUACACUGCAGCGUGGCUAGAACGCAUUGGCAAAGCUAACGAAGCAGUUCUCGAUAAACUCUCAUUAUCUCAAGAGCAUAGCCUUCCUAUCCCUGUCCAAGAGAAUAUAUCACUGCUACGACUUUGCGAACUUGGAGCUCGCGAACCUGAUUACUCCUGGCCAAUUUUCCAAGCAUUCUGGAAAGAAAUUACAGCCGAAGGCCGGCCUCCAGUCCUCAUGUCUUUGGAUGGACUUCAAUGGAUCAUGCAGAACAGUCUUUACCGAAACGCAGAUUUUGAGUUAAUUCAUGCCCAUGAUCUGGCUGUUAUCAACCACUUUGUGCAAUAUCUUUCCGGCGAGAAAUCCCUACCAAAUGGAGGUGCUGUACUUGCAGCCACAUCACGUAGUCACGCACCAAUAUCCCGAUCCAUGGAUUUAGCUAUCUUGCAACAAAUGGACCGACAAUCAGAACAAGAACUCACAGAACGCGAUCCCUUUGAGAAGAAAUACGACGAGAAAGCAGAUAAAGCAUUACAGAACAUGCAAGUCAUGUGGUUGAAUGGCUUAAGCAAGAAAGAAUCGAGAAGUAUCAUGGAAUACUGGGCGCAGAGUGGUGUAUUAAGACAGAGGGUUGAUGAGAAGACGGUGACGGAAAAAUGGGCUUUGGCUGGAAAUGGAAUUGUAGGAGAACUUGAGCGUGGUGCUUUGAAGAUGAGAAUAUAGGUUUUUACGGGAUGAAUCAAUAUUAUCUGUGUAUAUGUAUAUGUACAGUUUAUGAGUCUGGUGUGAAUUUGAUGCAUCAUUGUUUGGUUCCUAACCUACUUGCAGUAGAAUUGUACACUUUUUGCUCUAGCGAGUUUUUGAGAGGUUCUCUGUAGCUCUAGAUCUAAGGUGGUUUGGGGAUUCUUCCAUGUCUUAAAAGGGUGUUGAUUACCCUCUUUCAACAUAAGAGGAUAGCUGAUUGGGGAUAAAGAGAAAAGGUUUUGGUUCUGCAAAUAUAUCUAGAUAUUGAG